UUGUUGAAAUGUCUUGAAAAGCUUGAAAGUUAUCUGAAGAGCAGUGAGUUUGAUUUUCUUGUGGGGAACUACCUUAGCAGAGCUGAUUGUUAUCUGCUUCCAACACUUCAACAUAUUAGAGUGGCUGGCAAGGCUUACAGAGGCUUUGAGAUUCCAACGGAAUUUAAAAGCUUGUGGACUUAUUUAAAAAAUGCAUAUUCUACUGACGCCUUUUUGGAGUCUUGUCCGGCAGACAGAGAAAUAGUUACCCACUACAUUACCAAAGUGAUCAUUUAA